AUUAAGGCCAUGAAGAAGAAUCUGAACAAUGUGUCAGAUGAGAUGCUAGAGGCACUGUUUUUGAAGGUGGACACAGACUGUAAUGGCUUCAUCACCUGGCCUAACUUUGUGGAUUACAUGAUUCGCGAGUUCCAAGGAAAGGAGCUGAUGAGGAAGAGCCAGUACGACCUGUGCUUCCACCUGCCCAUGAGGAUCCUUGCCCUGAAUCACGGAUGUGAGGUGGUGAAAGUAGAGUUUUUAAUUCAGCGGUUCAAGAAAGUUGGGCAUUUCCUGACUGUCACCAAGGAUGGGAUCCUGCAGGUCUGGUCGGAGUCCUUCUCGCUGAUCAGCUCCUUUAGGCUUAACCAGAUCCUGCCUCUCGAUAACCAGCAGAUGUGGGUCAUCGACAUGGUGUGUCUCCAUAACCUGAACCUGGUUGCGAUUGCGUCUUCUGACCAGAAGAUAGGUGAGACCCCGGCAGCUGCUCCGGCCUCCUCUCGGCCACUGGGAGUCUUGCCUUUGCAUUUGGACAGAUCUGUUGCCGAGCUGACUGUGAGCAUGGAUUGCCUCCCCUUCUGUCUCUUCCCAGAGUUCUUUGAUGUUAGUAACUAUAAAUGUGCCUGGGCUUUCACCUUCAUCGAUCUGGACGGCUGUGUCCUGGUCAUGGACUACUGGUCUGACUAUCACAGGGGUGUGUUCUGCUUUGGGGACACCAAAGGCAACGUCAUUGUCUUCACCUCCGACAAUGUGACCAACGGGCUGUUCAACCCUUGAGUCCUCCCCAGGACCUCCAAAUGGGCCCCCAACACCUGCCACAUUCUGAAGGCCAGGCCUGAAAGGCAGCCUGUCAUUGGGUUGGGUCUCCUACCACUGCUGCCCUCUUCCCAGGCUCUCCAUUCCAACUGGUGUCAAUAGGUCCAGUUCAUUCCCCAGAUGAACCUGGUGUCGUCCUGUUCGGCCACUGAAAAGUCCUCUCUGGUGCUGACAAUAUUGUUACCCAAAGCCCCCAAGAACCCCAAGUUUUCGGUGCUGAAUUUAAGAAAAGGGACUCUUUGCUUUGAUUACUGCCCAGACAAGAACUUCCUGGUGACCGGUGGCUAUGAUCCCGUCAUCUGCCUGUGGAACCCCUUCUUCUUGAAAAAUCCUGUGUGGCUGAUGAAGGGGCAUCAGACCUCGGUGACGUACAUCCUGGUGAACGGCGAGAGGUGCAGCACCCUCUUCAGCAUCUCCAAGGACAAGAAUAUCCGUGUGUGGGUCACGCAGGACUACAUAUGCCUCCAGUCCUUCUGUAGGAAGAGUUGGGCCCUGGGAAACGGCCCCAUCACCACUGCCCACUUCCUCAAGAACGCCAACACCCUCAUCUGCAGCACCUGCUCAGCGAGCGCUGCACACAGAAGGUGGCCACUGUGGCUGGGUCUGAAGUCCUACCCACGGGGUGCCGGAAUGCCUGUCUUCUCAGUACCUGGAGGCGUUGCUGGGCUAGCCCCAGCCUUGACAGGUGGCAGCUGCCCUGGGGAGUGGGGGCACUCUCCUGUGGUGGAGCCCCAGUUGUCCGCUCCUCUGCAGGUGGUGAGUGGCUGCCUGAGUGGCACGGUGACUGUGUGGGACAUCUCGAUGGGCAAGAGCAUGAUGGAGUUCUCUGUGACUGGUGACCAGCACGUGGAACUGACUGCCACCGCCCUGGAGGAGUCAGAACAGUGCCUGCUCACGGGUUUGCAUGACGGCGCCGUGGAGAUGUGGAACUACAGCCCUGGCAAGUGCCUGCUGACCUUCCCCCACUCGGACAAGCUGGAGGUUAGUGGGAUUGUCCAUAUGAACAAAGUAUUCUACACGACCGGAUGGAGUAAGGGAAUCACUUAUGACGUGUGA